AUGCGCUCCUUCACACCCCUCCUCGCCCUUGCGGCCACUGCCUCCGCCAUCCAGCAAGGCUUCAACUACGGUGCCACGAACGCCGAUGGCUCGUGCCGCAAGUACGAGGACUUCCACCGCAUGUACACUCGUGCACAGGGUCUCGCUGAGCCUGGCUUCACCUCCGCACGCCUCUACACUUCCGUUCAGUGCGGCUCUCAGAAUGCACCCAUCGAGGCCAUCAAGGCCGCUCUCGACACCAACACCAACCUGCUGCUUGGUGUUUGGGCUUCCGCGGGACAAGACACCGUCAACCAGGAGGUUGCAGCUUUGAAGCAGGCGGUCAACAACUGGGGCCCGCAGAUGAAGCAGAAGGUCGUCGGCAUCUCUGUUGGAAGCGAGGACUUGUACCGCAGCUCGCCCCAGGGCGUGGCGAACAACGCGGGUGUGGGCGCCGAUGCUGCCGCUGUUGUGAAAUACAUCAAGCAGGUUCGACAGGCGAUGAAGGGCACCGCGUUGGAAGGUGUCAGGAUCGGACACGUGGACACUUGGACCGCGUGGGAGUUGCCUGAGAACGUUCCUGUCGUCAACGCAGUCGACUGGCUCGGCCACAACAGCUUCCCUUACUUCGAGACCACCAAGAACAACCCCAUCGGCCAAGGCAAGAACCUCUUCAACGAAGGCCUCUCCCACACGGAGAGCGCCGCCAAAGGCAAGCCCGUCUGGGUCACCGAGACCGGCUGGCCAUCCCGCGGACCCAAGUCCAACGCCGCAGUCGCCUCGACCAGGAACCAGCAGAAGUACUGGCGCCAGGUCGGCUGCAGCUUGUUCGGCAGGCGCAACGUGUGGUGGUACACGCUCUACGACUCCAACUCGGCGCAGACAGAGCUGUCGUUUUCGCUUGUUAACGGAGACACUGCGACCAAGUUCCCGCUUGAUUGCCCGUAG